AUGGAGUCCUCACGAGGACCCCCAAGGGUCAAGAACAAGGCCGCGGCGCCCAUCCAGAUAUCUGCAGAGCAGCUGUUGCGAGAGGCUGUUGACCGACAAGAGACUGGAUUACAGGCCCCUACCCAGCGCUUUGCGGACUUGGAAGAAUUGCACGAAUACCAAGGGCGCAAAAGGAAAGAAUUCGAGGACUAUGUUCGGCGCAACCGAAUUAACAUGAACAAUUGGAUGCGCUAUGCACAAUGGGAACUGGAACAGAAGGAAUUUCGGCGAGCACGCUCUGUUUUCGAAAGAGCUUUGGAUGUUGACUCUACGUCCGUGAUACUAUGGAUUCGGUAUAUCGAGGCAGAGAUGAAAACUAGGAACAUCAACCAUGCUCGAAAUCUGCUCGACAGGGCUGUGACUAUUUUGCCGCGAGUGGACAAAUUGUGGUACAAGUAUGUUUACAUGGAGGAGACGCUGGGCAAUAUCCCGGGCACACGUCAGGUAUUCGAAAGAUGGAUGUCAUGGGAACCAGACGAGGGCGCAUGGAGUGCCUAUAUUAAACUAGAAAAGCGUUACAAUGAAUUUGACCGUGCCAGGAAUAUCUUUCAGCGCUUCACCAUCGUUCAUCCAGAGCCUAGGAACUGGAUCAAAUGGGCCCGAUUUGAGGAAGAGAACGGCACGAGUGACUUAGUCAGGGAAGUCUAUGGGCUUGCGAUUGAAACUCUAGGCGACGAUUUUAUGGACGAGAAGAUCUUCAUAUCCUACGCCAAAUUCGAAGCGAAGCUGAAAGAGUACGAACGGGCCCGCGCAAUUUACAAGUUUGCUCUCGAUCGGCUACCGCGCUCCAAGUCGGCCACACUGCAUCAAUCGUAUACAACGUUUGAAAAGCAGUUUGGUGAUCGCGAAGGUGUCGAGGACGUCAUAUUGAACAAACGCCGAGUACAGUAUGAAGAGCAAAUCAAAGAAAAUCCACGAAACUACGACGUGUGGUUUGACUUUGCUCGACUAGAAGAGACGUCAGGAGAUGUCGAUCGCAUACGCGAUGUCUAUGAACGGGCGAUUGCUCAGAUACCGCCUUCGCAGGAAAAACGGCAUUGGCGGCGUUACAUCUAUCUCUGGACAUUCUAUGCUCUGUGGGAAGAAUUGGAGAACAAGGACAUUGGACGAGCUAGACAGAUCUACAACGAAUGCCUAAAGCUUAUUCCUCACAAAAAGUUCACUUUUGCCAAGAUCUGGCUCAUGAAAGCUCAAUUCGAGAUACGUCAGAUGGAUUUACAAGCGGCACGGAAGACCCUUGGUCAAGCCAUUGGCAUGUGUCCUAAGGACAAAUUGUUCCGGGGCUACAUUGAUCUGGAACGACAGUUAUUUGAGUUCAAUCGGUGCCGGACUCUUUACGAGAAGCAGAUUGAGUGGAACGCGGCCAACAGUCAGGCAUGGAUUAAGUUUGCCGAGCUCGAACGGGGCUUGGAAGAUGUCGAACGGGCUCGUGCGAUCUUUGAACUGGGUAUAGACCAAGCCACGUUAGACAUGCCGGAGCUGGUCUGGAAGGCAUACAUCGACUUUGAGGAGUACGAAGGAGAGUAUGAUCGUACGCGUGAAUUGUACGAACGAUUACUGGAGAAGACAGACCACGUCAAGGUCUGGAUUAAUUAUGCGAAAUUUGAGAUCAAUAUUCCGGAAGGUGAAGAGGAGGAGGACGAAGAAGAAGAAGAAGAACGGCCGGUCAGCGAAGAAGCCAAACGACGGGCUCGCAGAAUCUUUGAACGUGCCAAUAAAGUAAUGAAAGAAAAGGAGUUAAAGGAAGAACGAGUGGAUCUAUUGAAUGCAUGGAAGGCAUUCGAGCAAGCGCAUGGGUCGACCGAAGAUCUUGCGGCGAUCGAGAAACAGAUGCCACGACGGGUCAAGAAGCGUCGCAAGUUGGACGACGACCGUUACGAAGAAUACAUGGACUACGUCUUUCCGGCAGACGAUGCAUCGGCCGCCAAUCUGUCACGGCUCUUGCAGCGUGCCCAUGCAUGGAAGCAGCAGCAGGGACAAAGCUGA